UAUUACAACGAGGUUACUUUUUUUUGAUACAAGUCUCGCCUGUUUUUUUUCCUUGAUAGUGCUCUAUUUCGUGUCCCGUCUUGACCGCAGCCAUUUCUCGCUUUGAGUAGCAGUUGCCAACUCAGCCAUUCUGGCUCGGCUUAUCCAUGCACAGGCCCACAACCACAUGAUUCUCUCAUUCAUAACAUACGCGCUGAUUAAGUAGACGAUCCUGUGCUAUUUGUUUGACCUCCAGUGGGCCUCUUUGCGCGGUGCUAGUUAUGUUAGACCAGGAGGUAUAUCAGGGUAUCCGCAAGAACUAUGUCCUAAAGCCCAUACCCCCUGAAAAGUGGCUCAAUCCAAAUGAUAUCGACUGGUGUGCUGAAAAGUUACUCGGUAAAGGUACUUAUGGUCGAGUGGUGAAGGGCACUUGGCUCGGGAAGCCAUCCGCCAUCAAGAUUGCGAACACGGACCACGGACAGGAAGCCACUGAUUUGUUAAAGGAGGAGUGCAGUCUUAUGAGCAAUUUGGACCAUCCGAAUAUCGUGAAAGUGUAUGGGUGCUGUGACAAGAAUGGAUCGUUUGUGAUGGUUAUGGAGCUAUUGCACUCGUCGCUGUCAAAUUUGUUGGAAUCGUACAGGCCGGGCAGCAGAUCUAAAAAGAGCACCCCCAGUAAGGUAAGAAAGAAUGUCAGAGUACCAAUUUGGAAGAUAUUGAGAGACGUGGCAGCCGGCAUUGAGUAUUUGCACGGACUUGACUUGAUACACCGUGACGUGAAGCCGUCGAACAUUUUGUUAUCUCGUUCGACUUUUCAGGCGAAAUUGUGUGAUUUUGGCCUCGCAAGGAAGUUUGAAGCAGGAAAUAAUAGUUCCAUGACAGAUGCUGGCACAUCGCCGUACAAGGCCCCAGAAGUGAACUAUGGGUUAGGUCGUUAUGAUCGUUCUGUCGAUAUAUUUUCUUUAGGUCGAGUUAUAGAGAGGGACCUAUGUCCUUUGUUGCGGGAUGAAAAUUUGAAGCAGUUGGCAGAUUACUGUACACAAUCGAUUGGUACGGAGCAUUUAUCAUUUAAGUCACCAUCUUCUCGUCCGAGCGCAGCACAGGUGUUGGAGAGGAUUAAAGAGCAUAUCCGGAAGUAUAGGCCGGGUAGAGUGGUACUAUCCUUGGAUCCUGAAGAGAUCGAGAGGGUGAAAAUGAAAAUGCAGAAUGUAAAGAGAUUUCAUGACGAGGAUACAGAAGGGAAUAAGGGGGCUUCAUUAGCGGGAUCCGAUAAAGGGAUGGACGUCGACGAGUCUCUUGGGACAGAAUGUAACGAUACGUCUAAUACUGCUCAAAAGUUGUCUUCUCGGCGAACUCGAAAGACAAAAAAUGUUAAAGAGAGCAAAGCUCUUGCUGACGACCAACAGGCAGAAAAACGUGAACUUCGAGAUCGUUCUAAGAAGCCUUUGCCGGGAAAUGGUCUUCAGUUUUGCGCACCUAGAGCUCAGAUGCUUGAUUCACGUUAUCGUAAGACGUCAUCGAUGAAAUUGAGGUUGAGGUGCGCUGAUAAGAAGAAACGAGUUGCGAUGAAACGUGAAACUCACAGUCAAGAGAAAACACCUUCAAAAAAAUCUGGCUCGAAUCGUUCAGACGCCUCUGAUUUUGUGUACGUUACGAGUCGAUCAAAGGGCGGGAAAUAUCACCUGGAGAGGGGGCAUUCGACGGCUCAUUUGAUGAUUAAUCUAAAAAUGGCACUUGAAUUAGGAAAAGCGCCAUGUUCAGAUUGCUGUGUAUGUGAGGCUUCGAAAAAGGUCAACACUAGAAAAAGAGGUCGAAAUACUACUACACCAUCAAAAAACAAUGCAAGCAUUCAUGACUCAAUGGAUGGCGCCAGCUUACCAUUAAAAAAAAAGUGUAAGUCCAGAUUAGACGUUGCUAUGUCGGUCGACUCAUCUGAUGAAUUGUCAGACCAGGAGGAAGUUCCCACCUCUGGUAGGCGUAACGUGGCCUCCUCACGGUCUGCUACCACCGACAAAAUUGGGAGGGUCUUUGCCAUUUCUGAUUCUCAUCGUAACGGCAGUCGUCAAAUGCCUCCUCGACUCUGUCGUCGUAUGACCCUACCUAUACUUCCAAAAAAAAAAGAAGAAUGUCGCUAUUCCAUUGAUUGCAAGCCGCCUCGUUGCAAGCUAAAUGAUGUCGUCUAUGUUACGGCAGUACCCUACCGAAAGAACAUCUACCACCUCGUCAGUGGACACUACGGUGCUUGCAACCCCAUUCCACUGAAGACGGCCAAAGCAGAAGGGAGAGAACUUUGCAGGCGAUGCAUGAUGAACGAAUCAAAACCUUAGCAAUGUCUGUGCGUGUAUGCACGGCUUGUAUGUACGAUUACCAGAAAUUGCCCAAAUCGCUAUCUGAUAUUAUUUACCCGUCCCAUAAUUUGGUCAAGGCGAUGACACACACGCUUUACUCCUCAGUGAACAUACAUCUGAAUUUUUAUUACUGCUGACACUCGUUCUUCUCUAGUGACCAAUUACUCCUCCCUGUCAUUGCUCUGCGGCUGAUUUGUUCGUUUUGUCGGUUUCAGACGAACGGUCGAUGGAUCAAACUUUGGUAACAUGGAUGCAAGUGUAUGGCUUCUUCUGGCCCUUACGUUGUGUGGACCCUCUUUUUUAUUUUCAGAGGGAGCACUAUCUUUUUCACUGAACGGAGUCUUCUAGGCGAUAUAUAACCUAGACUUCUCCUUGGGCCACGACUUCGAAUCGAGUUGUUACGAAUCAAGUUUCGCUCACCGCGCCCCAAAACCUGGUCCAAGUCAGUUAACCUGUCAUUUUCCUUAUAGUCAGAUUCUUCACUGAUACUUCUCCCUUCACUCGCCCUACUGCGCCUCUCUUGUGUAUCUCCUGCACUUUCCUCUCUUGCUGAAAUCAUGUCAUCUCUAUCUAGUUCCUCGCAAUGGUUCACGGCCCUUUCGGUGUCUCCCAUUUUCACGUCUUCUAAGGAGUCUGAGCGUCCGUAUUCCAACUUUUACUAUCUUGAGCUCGAGUAACGUAUCAAGACUAGUAUAUUACACGUCACACAAUUAUCUUGAACGCAAGGUAUCGCCUCGAGUUUUCAUCAAAAAAUUUUCCUCGAGGUACGAACCAAUUCAAAAUCCAACCCUGCUCGGGCUAUGAAUGAAUGAAUAACCCACUCGAGCAUAAGGCUAUUGCCGGUUCCGUUACGCAAAAUAUUCGUAAAUCGAUACACAAAUUUAACCGCUUCA